ACCAUGCAGGAAGCGCCAGCCGCGCUGCCCACGGAGCCAGGCCCCAGCCCCGUGCCUGCCUUCCUCGGCAAGCUAUGGGCGCUGGUGGGGGACCCAGGCACAGACCACCUGAUCCGCUGGAGCCCGAGCGGGACCAGUUUCCUCGUAAGCGACCAGAGCCGCUUCGCCAAGGAAGUGCUGCCCCAGUAUUUCAAGCAUAGCAACAUGGCGAGCUUCGUGCGCCAACUCAACAUGUACGGUUUUCGGAAGGUGGUGAGCAUCGAGCAGGGCGGCCUGCUUAGGCCGGAGCGCGACCACGUCGAGUUCCAGCACCCGAGCUUCGUGCGCGGCCGCGAGCAGCUACUGGAGCGCGUGCGGCGCAAGGUGCCCGCGCUGCGCGGCGACGACGGCCGCUGGCGCCCGGAGGACCUGGGUCGACUACUGGGAGAGGUGCAGGCUUUGCGGGGAGUGCAGGAGAGCACCGAGGCGCGGCUGCGGGAGCUCAGGCAGCAGAACGAGAUCUUGUGGCGGGAGGUGGUGACACUUCGGCAGAGCCACGGUCAGCAGCACCGGGUCAUUGGCAAGCUGAUCCAGUGUCUCUUUGGGCCACUUCAGGCGGGGCCGAGCAAUGCAGGAGGCAAGAGAAAGCUGUCCCUGAUGCUGGAUGAGGGGAGCUCAUGCCCAACACCUGCCAAGUUCAACACCUGCCCUCUACCUGGUGCCCUUCUGCAGGACCCCUACUUCAUCCAGUCGCCCCUCCCAGAGACGACUUUGGGCCUCAGCCCUCACAGGGCCAGAGGCCCCAUCAUCUCUGACAUCCCAGAAGACUCUCCAUCCCCUGAGGGGACCAGGCUUUCUCCCUCCAGUGAUGGCAGGAGGGAGAAGGGCCUGGCACUGCUCAAAGAAGAGCCGGCCAGUCCAGGGGGGGAUGGCGAGGCCGGGCUGGCCCUGGCCCCAAACGAGUGUGACUUCUGCGUGACAGCCCCCCCACCACUGCCUGUGGCUGUGGUGCAGGCCAUCCUGGAAGGGAAAGGGAGCUUCAGCCCCGAGGGGCCCAGGAAUGCCCAACAGCCUGAACCAGGGGAUCCCAGGGAGAUACCUGACAGGGGGCCUCUGGGCCUGGAAAGCGGGGACAGGAGCCCAGAGAGUCUGCUGCCUCCGAUGCUGCUUCAGCCCCCUCAAGAAAGUGUGGAGCCUGCAGGGCCUCUAGAUGUGCUGGGCCCCAGUCUCCAAGGGCGAGAAUGGACCCUGAUGGACUUGGACAUGGAGCUGUCCUUGAUGCAGCCCUUGGUUCCAGAGCGGGGUGAGCCUGAGCUGGCGGUCAAGGGGUUAAAUUCUCCAAGCCCAGGGAAGGACCCCACACUCGGGGCCCCACUCCUGCUGGAUGUCCAGGCAGCCUUGGGAGGCCCAGCCCUGGGCCUGCCUGGGGCUUUAACCAUUUAUAGCACCCCUGAGAGCCGGACCGCCUCCUACUUGGGCCCGGAAGCCAGUCCCUCCCCCUGAGACCCCGCGCCUCUGAAGGGGCUUGGAACCAGUCCGCGGCUGCACAUCCUUCUUGGCUUCCUGGCGCCCCCUGUCGGGGGUGAGCGAAGCCCCCACUACUGAACGGCCUCUCUCAACUACCCCGACGAGCCCUGCACAUAAACUCCAUUUUUUUUUUUU